UCAAAAAAAAAAAAAAACUCUUUCGCUCGUCCCCUCCUUUUCGAAUUCCCUCUCUCUCUCUCUGUAUCACGAUUAGGGUUUUCUGGUCUCCGAUGUGAUAAUGGUGACUGAUGAUCGGUUCUCCGAUUUCGUCGAUCCGCUCGAGAACUAUUCGGGCCUUUCCCUCUUCCCCAAAACUUUCGAAGUUAUUCACGCUUCGAAUUCCGACGACCUCGACGGCCAACUCCAAGCCAUCCACAACCACCUCAAAUCCUUGGCCUUGAGAAGUCCCGAUAAAUUAAGGGAGCAGGCCAAUAAAAUUCUAGAUGGUAAUUCUAAAAGUUUGAACACUAAAACUACGAGCGACCUGGCACCAAUGGGCAAAAAUGAAGCCCUACCUGCCUUGCCCAAGGUUAAUCCUCGAGAGCGGAGACCAGCAUUGAACCGUAAACGGGCUCGGUUUUCUUUGAAGCCUAAUUCCAGUCACCCUGCUGUGAGUUCUGAGCCAGCUUUGGACUUAAAAAAGCUGAAGAAUCCAGAGGAAUUCUUCAUGGCCUAUGAAAGACAUGAAAACGCCAAGAGGGAAAUACUGAAGCAGAUUGGUGGCAAUCUUUCAGAUUCAGAACAGCAGAAUACAUCUCUAAUUGAGCGACCUCGUCGACCAGGAAUGCUGGGGCACGAUAAAAGGAGAUCAAUCAAAUACAAACAUCUAUAUUCGUGUGAGGAUUCUGAAACAGGCAAGAAUGUUCCAUCCUCACAAGAGAGAAAUGAUUCAAGCAUUCUCAGUCCAAUCUAUCACAGCUCACAAGAAGAAACGGAGCAAGGUUUUACAUCACAGGAAACAGAAUUAGUUGGUUCAAUAUCCAAGGAAGACCACAAGGUUGAUGAGAUUUUGGAUCAACUGCUUUCUUAUAAUUGUGAAGACCUUGAUGGAGAUGGAGUAUUGAAUAUUUUGCAAGAGCACUUGCAGAUUAAACCAGUUGAACUGGAAAAAUUACAGCUUCCAGAUUUCCAAGAGAUCCCAAAGAUAGAUUUGAAAUCUUCGAGAAGCGGGAAGUUGCCAACGCGGAGUCGUGUCUUAUUAGACGUAGAAAAUAUACUAAAAGGACUAAGCAGUAAAACACCUACUAAGCACGGACCGGGCGCAGAAAGUCCUUUUUCUUAUGGAGCUUCUCCAACCCCACCAAAGAGUCCAUUUGCUUCAUUUUUAUUGGUACAUCAGGAAAUUUUGCGCUCAAGUCUAUCAAAUGAUCGAUUUUCUGCUCAUGAUAUCGAUCAGCCAGUUAGAAGUUCUUCUUUCAUUGAGAGCAUAAACAAAGAAAUUGAUUUUGCUGAUGAAAGAAGGCAGUCUGAAGAGACCGUCUUUGAAAAGGACGACAAUGUUGAAGUUGCUGUGAUUGAUACAAGUAAACAAGAUGGGGCUCUUAACGUGGGCUCAAGUGCAUCUCAUGUUCCUGUGGAUGAUAACAUAAUGAACAAUGAUAUGGUUAAUUCGGUCAUGAAUGAUAGAGCAUGUGAGCGUGACGCUAAUGGGGAUGCUCAAGCAGAUAGAACUAAUGUCGAGGACAAGGUACAGGUGGAAGACGCAGUGCAGGAAACACUGCUUCCGGCACAAUCUGGUAUCGAGAUGUUGAACUUGGCUUUGGAUAAUUCAAACAAGCAGAGUCACUUAGGACUGGGCGCAGAAAGUCCUUUUUCUUAUGGAGCUUCUCCAACCCCACCAAAGAGUCCGUUUGCUUCAUUUUUAUUGCUAAAUCAGAAAAAUUUGCGCUCAAGUCUAUCAAAUGAUCGAUUUUCUGCUCAUGAUAUUGACCAGCCAGUUAGAAGUUUUUCUUUCAUUGAGAGCAUAAACAAAGAAAUUGAUUUUGCUGAUGAAAGAAGGCAGUCUGAAGAGACCAUCUUUGAAAAGGACGACAAUGUUGAAGUUGCCAUGACUGAUACAAGUAAACAAGAUGGGGCUCUUAACGUGGGCUCAAAUGCAUCUUAUGUUCCUGUGGAUGGUAACAUAAUGAACAAUGAUAUGGAUAAUUCGGUCAUGAAUGAUAGAGCAUGUGAGCAUGACGCCAAUGGGGAUGCUCAAGCAAAUAGAACUAAUGUCGAGGACAAGGUACAGGUGGAAGAUGCAGUGCAGGGAACACUGCUUCCGGCACAAUCUGGUCUUGAGAUGAUGGACUUAGCUUUGGAUAAUUCAAACAAGCAGAGUCAUUUAGACGAACCAAGUACAGCUUCAAUUCAUGACCAAGAGGAUAGGAACCCCGAAAUCCCUGAUAAUGAUUCAGAACAAGAUUCUGAGAUGGAGGAAGAACAUCCCAAUAUGCCAUUGGAUAAGAAUCACAAAGCGACAACACAAUCACAGAAAUCGCGCAAGAGAAGAAAGAGUUCUCAGGGGAAAAGCCUCGGAGGGGCUGGUACACAUUGGGAGUCUGGGGUAAGGCGAAGCACCAGGAUCAGGUGCAGACCUUUGGAGUAUUGGAAAGGGGAGAGAUUAUUAUAUGGACGUAUACACAGGACUCUUCCAACAGUUAUAGGUUUGAAGUACGCUUCCCCGGGAAAGGGCAAUGGGGCUCUCACUUUGAAGUCCUACGUUUCUGCCGAACACCAAGACCUUGUUGAACUAGCUGGUCUUCAUUGAGACUGCUGUAUCUGUAUGGUUGAAGGAUGUCAUAUCACUCUCUGACUUACUUUCUCGGAUCAUGCACUAUCCUUCUAACCAUUUUCUGUUUCAGAACCAAGUCUUUGUACAGGGGAAGUACGUCUUGAUAAAUGACUUGUUUCAUUCAGAAUAACUUGGUAGAAUUACGUUACAAAAAUGCUUCUCAUUGUAAAAUGUACUCUUACUACUUUCAGCACCAACCAAAAAAAAAAAAAAAAAAAAAAAGGUGCUCUACUACUUCGUCUUCAUUUUGCUGCGAUGAAGAUAUGGUUCACUCUUGCAA